AAUAGAAUUUUAAUUAUGUGGUUAAUCUAUUUACGGUUGGUUUUCGGAUUUGGACAAGUCCCAGCUGAUUUCCAUAAGGAAGUGGAUUCAGGUCUGCACAUGGGGGCGGGCAAGAGCAAGCCCAAGGAGCCGGGCCAGCGUUCCAUGAGCCUGGACGGCACCAUCGGCACAGGCUCAGACAGCGGGCACUUCCACCACCUGGGCCCCGCCCAGCAGACCCAAACCCCCAACAGGAGCCCUGCAGUAGGGACGGGCAGGCGGGGACAUCAAGGGCACCAGCACGCCCCAACAAACACACCUGAGCUGGCUCUGUUUGGAGGGGUGGACCACACAGGCACCAUCACCUCACCUCAGAGAGGGCCUCUGUCAGGAGGCGUCACUACAUUUGUAGCGCUGUAUGACUAUGAGUCACGGACAGCGUCUGAUCUGACCUUUAGGAAAGGCGACAGGUUGCAGAUUGUCAACAACACAGAAGGGGACUGGUGGCUCGCUCGCUCUCUGACGACAGGAGAGAGCGGAUACAUCCCAAGCAACUACGUGGCUCCUUCUGACUCCAUCCAAGCAGAAGAGUGGUAUUUUGGGAGGAUCACUCGGCGCGACUCAGAGAGGCUCCUUUUGAACUUACAGAACAGACGAGGAACGUUCCUGGUGAGAGAGAGCGAGACCACGAAAGGAGCGUACUGCCUCUCAGUGCUGGAUUAUGACAACACCAAAGGUCUGAAUGUUAAACAUUACAAGAUCAGGAAGCUGGACAGCGGAGGUUUCUACAUUACCUCCCGCACCCAGUUCACCAGCCUGCAACAGCUAGUCUUCCACUACCGCAAGCACUCUGAUGGGCUUUGCCACGCUCUGACAGAGGUAUGUCCUGUGGCCAAACCUCAGACCCAGGGCCUGGCCAGAGACGCCUGGGAGAUUCCCAGAGAGUCGCUCCGCCUCGACCUCAAACUGGGACAGGGCUGCUUUGGAGAAGUCUGGAUGGGUACGUGGAACGGUACCACACGGGUAGCCAUUAAGACCUUGAAACCCGGCACCAUGUCUCCAGAGGCUUUUCUUCAGGAAGCCCAGGUCAUGAAGAAGCUGAGGCAUGAGAAGCUGGUGCAGCUGUACGCUGUUGUGUCAGAGGAACCAAUCUACAUUGAUACUGAAUAUAUGAGCCAAGGUAGCUUACUGGACUUCCUGAAAGGGGAAGCAGGAAAGAUGCUUCGUCUGCCUCAGCUGGUCGACAUGUCUGCUCAGAUUGCUGCAGGCAUGGCCUACGUGGAGAGGAUGAACUAUGUUCACAGGGACCUGCGGGCUGCGAACAUCCUGGUGGGAGACAGUCUGGUGUGUAAAGUGGCCGACUUUGGUCUGGCACGACUCAUUGAAGACAAUGAGUACACAGCGAGACAGGGAGCUAAGUUUCCGAUCAAGUGGACAGCCCCGGAGGCCGCUCUGUACGGCCGAUUCACCAUCAAAUCUGACGUCUGGUCCUUUGGUGUGCUGCUCACAGAGCUGGCAACUAAAGGCAGAGUCCCCUAUCCAGGUAUGGUCAACCGCGAGGUGCUGGACCAGGUGGAGCGCGGCUACAGGAUGCCCUGCCCGUCCGAGUGCCCCAGCUCCUUACACGAGCUCAUGCUGUCCUGCUGGAGGAAAGACCCGGAGGAGAGGCCGACGUUUGAGUACCUGCAGGGCUUCCUUGAGGACUACUUCACCUCCACAGAACCCCAGUAUCAGCCUGGGGAGAACCUAUAGAACCACACAGAACCAAACCUGGGGAGAGGGAAACCUCCACACAAAACAAUCUGCACUAACCGACCUCAGAGGAGAACCUGUGGGAGGAUCUGAGCCUGUGAAACUCACCUGGGAGGAACCUUAGUUUCUUCUGUAGAAGUAAAACCGAGAUAGAAACUGUAGAUGUUAUCAUGUGCCAUAAAGGAACUGCUACAGAAGAACCUGGAGAACCUCCUGUCUGCAAUCACUCAACUGUUUACUGACGGUUUCCCUGCAGGAGUGAGGCACCGGGCUGUGAAGUAGAACUCCUGCUGGACUUACUCUGGCUCUGAUUUGAUUUGAUGAAUUACACAUUUGCGGGUAAACGUUUCUGAAAGGUGCAACUGCCGUGGCAGGAACCGAAUCAGGAUUAUCAGGCGGAUUGAGGGGGAAAGAAUAAACCUCCAGACGAAGAGAGAACGUCAGGAGAGGAUAUUUCAAAUCGGACGUUUAUCGCUUUCCCUCUUCUGUCAUGUCUUCACCCUCGUCUGGUACCUUUCUCAUCCCCACAGAAGAGCACCGCCACUGUGGCUCAGGUGCCAAAGUAAAGUCUGUCCCUCCUGCCUCUCUUCCUCUAGUUUUCUUUCUCAGUAUCUCCCCCUAGUUUUUCUCAAGUGCUGCUUCUUUAAAAGUGUCUCCGGGAAAACUCAUCUCUGGAACUCCACUUUGCAUCUUUAUUUAUGUUUACUUGGACAAUAAGCGUCCUGUAAUUGAAGGUUUUUAGUUCACCAUAUAGGUAAGGUUGUUAGAACCACUAUCAAGGUAGUGCUGAUGUAAAUGUACUCACCAGGAAGAUUCUGUAACACUGAAAAUGAAAAUGAGGCGAAUUCAAGAAAAACUUGAGGCCUUCCUCCUUUUCUCUCGCUGUAUUCAUCACAUACAGCCACCUCGACCCAACCUCGAUUAUUAAAAAUAACUUGAUGCAGGUAGUGUUUGAAUGCUUGUUCAUUUUAUUGACCUUGAUUUUUAUCUGGAAAGCUGCAUUAAUCAUAAUCAGCACACUUUAUAGUGGCAGUUUUAAUGGAUAUCAGCUCGUUUCCUCAGAGGCAUAAACGGGGUAACCUACUAAGAGGCUGAUAUGACUACAAAAGUGAUCACACACUGAAGAGUGUACAAUCCUUUGUUCUGUGCCAAACAAAUCACAUUUCUUGACUGCUCUCCAUGUAUAUAAUGUUUUAUUAUCCAAGGGGCUUAAUGGGUUUUUAAGUUCUCAAACAGGCAAUUUUUCGUUUUUAGAAAAAACUUCAUGAUUUCCCUCUAAACAGGACACAUGAUCCUGUUGCAGAUUUCAUUCACUUCACAGCUGUUGUGUCAAUAAAAAAUAUGCAACCAGGCGGCCCUAACUAAACUGUCAAACUUUGAUCAGGUAACCCUAAUAAAACUGUGUUUAUGACUUUACUACGAGAAUAGAUUUGAAGACCAGUUAGCAUGCUUGUGUGCCGUUCUUCUCUUGACCAUUAGCUGGGUUUGUAUUUAUGCUGUACUGUAUACAUCAACACAUGUAUGUUUACUUUAGUCAGGGUUCAGGAAAGGAGAGGGCAUCAUAAACAGACUUUUGUACCAUCAACAUAUACUGUUUUUUUAAUAUAUAUAUAUCUCUUACCCACUGCUGCCAGUUCUCACUGUCAUACUGUACAUACUGUAGCUCUUUAGGGUCGGUUUUUGUAUCAUGUUGGCCACUUUCAAAUGGCAGGUACAGUAUUUAUGUUGGGUGUCACACAUUUCACACUGGUUUAGUUUAUGAGGUAUGAAGUUUAUGAAGUAGUCAAUGCAGCAACAGUAGAUAUAAAGUGAUAGAUUGUUACCUAUGAAUACAGUGAAACCAGUAAUACAAAUAAAUGAGCCAUGGAACGGUGAGAGAAAUGGUCUGUGCCCGAAAAAACACCAUCAAAAUAAGACCCAGUGAUGUGAAUUCAAUAACACCCAGAGACAAAAUGAAUCAUUAAUGUGGACAAAUGUGAAACCAGAAGGAAAAAGGAGUUUGGGUUGUGAUAGGACAUGAAACAUGAGGACAAAGAUGUAAAUAGUAUCUUAAACAAAUGACUGUGACUAUCAUGUAAUUUGUUUUUUUUUUGUAGUUUUCUUUUAUUGCUCCUCCAUUUUUUUUUUUUAAAGUGAUGCACGCCUGCUUCCAAAAUGUUUGAAUAAUAAGAUGCUUCUGUAAACAGAGCUGUAAGGAAGGCUUUCUUUUUUUUUAAUAUUAGACUUACAAAGUAGAUUGAAUCAUAUCUGCAAAAGACAAUUUUAAUAUUGGACUUGACGUAUGAAUAUUUCCAAGAACUUAUUCAUCAUUGCUUUCCUCUUUCUCAAAUGAGGAAUAGCCUGUUUGUUUGCAUUGACGCACUGAGCCGCCUGUGAGUCACCAGGACAAAGUGGAAGUUUGACAGGCUCAUGACGAGUAUGAGUAACGCCAAGGUCUGAUUGGAUAUCCUGUGCCAUAUUCAAGAAGUGUCUCAGUCUUGUUUUAUUUUUUUCAUGUUAUUUUUUUAUGAAUCUAUGCAGUUCGGGUUUGGCAUUCCUGCAACUUCACGGCCAUGUGUCAAAAACAAAGAUCCUAAACUGAAGGUGUGAGCAUUUUGUAAGGACUUCUCUCGUCCUUUUGUUUUGUUUCAAAUGUAACAGGAUUGAAAUGGGUAUCGUGCCACUUUAUGUUGAUCUUUAAAUGUGCAAUAAAUUAUAUUUCAAAUGUG